UGUUCUCCACCUCUUCAUUCACAAUUCACACACGUCUCCAUGGAAACCAUGAACUCAAAAUCUCUCCAGAACAGAAAACAACAGAGAGAUCUUGAGACAGAAAAGAGUUUUUUAUAUGUAGCAGCCCUCACUGAAAUCAAGCACUAUGGUCACCGUAGAAUGUUUUAUUUAUUAUAAUUGACCAGUGUAUUGAGACAUGAAGUUCAACCGCAACACAACCACACAAAGAGAAAAGAAUCAAUCCGUAAACAAACUCCGUCACGUCACAUGUAGGGCAGUAAACGCGCGCGACUGUAAAGUUGUUGGACUGCAUUAAAGGUGAAUUUCUCUUGACACGAGUCUGCAGCACACACACAUAAUCACAGGCACAGACUCGCAUCUUCCUCCUCCUCCUCCUCCUCCUCCUCACCCACAUGAGCGCGAGACCGCGGGACGAGGAGCGCGUGCGCUCGGAGAUUAUGCGCCAGUGAAGUCAAAGCAGAGACACACGAGGAAUUAAGCCGCUAAAAGUAGAAAAAACAUGAAAUACAAAAACACCUGCAGAAGAGGAAAGACGGACGGGACGCUUUCUUUACAUCAGGAUUGGUGCUGUGUGUCGUCUGUCAGGAUGAUGUUGAAUCUUUCUGUGUAAAUGAAAACCAUCAUUGUGUCAUCAGUCACGGCUCACAAACACUGAACAUCACACACAGCCAUGGGGACCAACAGAGCCAACAGGUACAGUAUCGUGUCUCCAGAUGAGGAGAGACAGAAGAUCUCGGCCAUCGGUCUUCACAAUGGCCUCGGCUCCGGCCGGCGACAGUCUCCCGUCAGCGGCGUAAGCUCAGGUGGGGAGGGAACGAGCUCAGGAAUGGGAUCCGAGCACAACGGAAAGGUCUUCACCAGCGGCAGGAGUCACUUGCGGAGUCGCUUUGUGAAGAAAAACGGCCAGUGCAACAUCAUCUUCUCCAACAUGGAGGACAAGCCGCGGCGGUACCUUGCGGAUAUCUUCACCACAUGCGUGGACAUCCGCUGGAGGUACCUGCUGCUGAUCUUCUGCUCUGUGUCACUGGCGUCAUGGCUCGUCUUCGCAGCCGUCUUCUACAUCGCAUCUCUUGCUCACGGAGACUUCCAUGAAGACGAAGCAAAGGCCCGCAAGCCGUGUCUGCUGCAUGUGGAGGGUCUGGUGGGAGCUUUUCUCUUCUCCAUGGAGACUCAAACCACCAUUGGUUACGGCUGGCGCUGCGUCACGGAGGAAUGUCCCGUCGCCAUCCUGACGGUGGUGGUUCAGUCCAUCCUGGGCUGCGUGCUCGACGCCUUCAUGAUUGGCACCAUGAUGGCCAAGAUGGCACGGCCCAAGAAGAGGAACCAGACCUUACUGUUCUCUGAGAACGCCGUGAUAGCGCUGAGGGACAGAAAGCUGUGCUUGAUGUGGCGUGUGGGGAACCUGCGCAGAAGUCACAUCGUGGAGGCUCAUGUGCGUGCUCAGCUCAUACGGCCGCACGUCACAGCGGAGGGCGAGUUCAUCCCCCUGGAGCAGACGGAUCUGAAUGUGGGCUACGACGACGGCACCGACAGACUCUUCCUGGUGUCUCCUCUGGUGCUGGUGCACGAGAUCGACGAGGACUCCCCGCUCUGGGGAAUGAGCCGAACCGAUCUGGAGUCCGAGGACUUUGAGAUUGUGGUGAUCCUGGAGGGGAUGGUUGAGGCCACGGCCAUGACCACGCAGGCUCGGAGCUCCUACCUUUCUCGGGAGAUCUUGUGGGGUCACCGCUUCGAGCCGGUCAUCUUCGAGGAGCGCGACCGCUACCGGGUGGAUUACAGCCGCUUCCACAAAACCUACGAGGUGCCGUCCACGCCCGUCUGCAGCGCAAGAGAAUUGAGCGAGGUCACCGCCUCGUCCCGUUCUGAGAAGCCUGUGAGUCCGUCGCGUUCGCCCAGCGCUUUCUGCUAUGAGAAUGAGGUGGCGCUGUGCACUGGAGAGGAGGAGGGCGUGCGGGACGAAGAGGACUUUCAGACGUCGCAGGACUCCAGUAAUGUGCUGUGCAUGUUAGACAUGGUCGACCCAAUUGAGUUUGACAAUUUAAAAACAGCCAUACCUCUCGAUCCACUGACAUACAAGAGUGAGUCUGAGAUAUGA